GUUUGAAGAGUCUAAUUGCAGAGCCGUGCUGGUUUAAGGAUGGACUCUCCUUGGGUCUGGUCUCUGCUCUGCUCCUAUCUCAUCGCUGUCCUCUGUGAAACAACCCAAGGUGUGACUUUAGAAGCUCCAGACAAAACCCCGUGGCUCGGAGACUCUGUGACUGUGCGGUGUGUGGGGUCGGACAUAGACAUGGAAAAGAUGAGCCUCUACAAAGACGACAGACUGGUGACAGAAGAUGUCUCUCAUCAGAUCAGAAGAACAAACACCAGAGUGGAGCUGACGAUCAGCUCAGUGUCUGAUACAGAUGAUGGAGUUUACACAUGUGUGAGCAAUGACUGGAUAAUAUAUGGGCAGAGUCGUCAUAUUUGGAUAUGGGCUUUCAGCUGGAUUGUACCAGACCAGGGCAGUGUGGCUCUGGAAUGUUCUGUAGAGGACUUUGAAAACCCUCAGUGGCUCAGACGCUCUUCACUUAAUGUCCUUGACUUUGAAAUAUUGAAUGAGCACAAAACUAGAAUAAGUGUAACUCGUGGAGGAGUGUACUCCUGCAGAGGGGUGGAUACAUUGAUCAUCACUAAAGAAACUAAUGCGAUCGACAUUAUGGAGACUGGUCUGCCUCUGCUGAUGCCUUCAGGGGUCUUCAUCAGGGACACAGUGAUUCUGCGGUGUGUGGGACCCUCCAACGAAAACCUGCACUUCUACAAAGAUGGAGUCAUUGUGAAAACAGACACAAACCAUCAAUUUAAACGAACAUCUGAAACAACAGUGGAGAUGAUGAUCGUCUCAGCCUCAGGGUCAGACCAGGGCGGGUACUCCUGUGGGAUGGAUGGAGCAACACUGUACACAACAAAAGCACUUAGAAUACACACAGACAGAAGCCGGAGUAUUGAGCUGAGUGCAGACAGUCUCCUCAUCCCAGAGCGUGGUAGGGUGAUGCUGAGCUGUGAGAUAGAAUCUAUUCAGAAAUAUCAAUGGAUCAGACGUACUUCCACUCAUACUUCUCACUUUGAGAUCUUAAAUGAAGCUACAGCUAAAGUCUAUGUACAUCAUGGAGGUGUGUACUCCUGCAGAGGAAAAGAGGAGCUCAUUCUCACACCAGAAAGUGACUUUGUCACUAUUUGGGAAACUGUGUCAAACGGAGCAGUGGUGCAACCUGAGCCUGACUGGACAGAGGUGUUUGUAGGAGAGAGCCUGUAUCUCAGGUGUGAGGUGGAGGAUGAAGGAAACUCACAGUGGAUUUAUGAAUGGAGGAGGACAGGAGUUGACUUACCUACAGCAACCAGAGAAUAUGCACUCUCCAAUGUGUCUGAGUCUGUCAGUGGAAACUACAGCUGCAGAGGGAGAGGAGCAUAUCAGAGAACACAGUGGAGCCAGGUGACCAAGUUACAAGUGAUCGAUAAAGCCGUCCCUGUCGUCUCUGUGUCUCCGUCCUGGUUGAGUCCUGGUGCCUCUGUCUCUCUGAAUUGUGACGUUACAUCGCCCUCUGCAGGAUGGAGGUUUUACUGGUACCAGGCUGUUCCUCUUCCAUCAGGCCUGUACUCAUAUGAACUGCUCAGUGGUGACACCUCAGGGACUGCACAUGCCUCCUUCAGUGUUCAUGGUCUGAGCAGCACAACCGGCUUUGUGUGUCGAGCUGCACGAGGGACAGACUUCUACACUGAAUACAGUCCACCACGGUUUGUCUGGUCUGCAGAUGCUGGUUCCAGAGUGGCUCCAGAUGUGUUUCCUAAAAGCUCACAACACCUCACCAUGGACAAAGUGUCAGUGAGCUGUGGGCCCGGCUCGUCAGAUGAAGAGUGGAGAGUCCAGAUGUUUUCUCUGACCACAAAGUCCUUACAGCAGUGUCGCUCCCACACAACAGAACACACACAUACAUGUGAAUUUUCUGCACCUCCAGAGACCAGAGCAGUGUUCUGGUGUGAGUCUGGGACUGGACAAAUGUCUGAUGCCGUCAACAUCACCAUUCAUGAUGCUGUGGUCCUGUUGAUCCCAGCGCUCCCUGUGCCUGAGGGACAUGCCGUCUCUGUCUCCUGUAAACUGAGACAUUCUGCUACUUUCUCCUUUGUCCAUUUCUAUAAAGAUGGACAAUUAAUCCAAAAAGAUUCUUCCAGACAAUACAACAUCUCUGCAGUGUCCAAGUCUGAUCAGGGUUCAUACAGAUGUGAGCUUCAGGAAUCUGCACAACAGGUCCUGACUUCUCCAGAGAGUUGGCUGUCUGUCACAUGUGAGUAA